AGAUCACUAAAUAGGAAGUCAAACUGUCACUGUUUGCUGAUGAUACAAUUUUAUACUUAGAAAACCCCAAAGACUCCACCAGAAAGCGCCAAGAAACUGAUAAAUGAAUUUAACAAAGUUUCAGGAGACAAAAUUAGUGUAUACAAAUCAAUAACUCUGUUGUACUGUAACCGCGAAUGCUGAGAAUCGAACCAAGAACUCAGUCCCUUUUAUGAUAGUUGCAAAAAUAAAAUAAAAUACUUAAUAAUAGACCUAACCAAGGAAGUGAAAGACCUCUACAUGGAUCUUUGAUGGUAAGCCUUUCUUUUUUUUAACCUACUAAAUUACUAGGUAUAAUUAUUUUCUAGUUUUUGUUACUAACCUACUAUGUAACCCCUUCCAUUUCUUGUUAAAGAUCAUAAAACUUCACACUCUUUAUUCAUGCUGACUGCAGUUAGAUGAUUUGUUUCUUUUUGUUGACUACCUUAAAUAAUACUUAUAAACAGUAAACUGUUAGGAUUCUUUUUGGUGUAAUUAAAUGUAGUGAGACUUAUUUUCCAAAUUAUAACUGAAUUAAUUUAUUAAAUACUUGUCGAAGUUUUUGAUUUACACAAAAUUCUGUCCUCAGCAGCUGGAGGUAGAAAGAGUAAGAGCCCCUCCUUACUCUUAUGGAGAGGCAUACUUUCUCAUGAGGGAAAUACUCAGCAAGAAUUAGUAUCUUGUAACCAGUGGUGAAUUUGAUUAAUUAGUGUACAGAAAAACAAAAACAAAACUUUUUUUUGUGUGGCUGCUGACAAAGAGAUCCAAGAAGAUAGAUAGAAUCAAGCUUGCUGAAACAAGGAGAGAGAAAAACAGUGUUCUGGGCAGAGAGCAAGGGUAUAGCAGGAAAAUGCCUAGGUGCAGGUCAGAUGACUUAUAGAAUGAAAUUAAUCAACUUUUGAAAUGAAUGGCAAUGUUCUCUGAGAGUUUCAUUUGAGUCAUGUCAUGGUAGUCUUAUUUAAACAUGAAGUGAAAGUUAAAAAUUUAUCUGUUUUCAGGGUGUGAGAGAAUAUUUAAGUGAUAAUCUUUUUAUCCUCCACAUAAGAAAGCAGGACUAGAGAAACCUAUGGCUUCCUCACUUGGUGGUGGCCUAGCAACCGUGGCACACAGAACCUCUGAAUGUGACACACCUGUUUUGUCACAAUAUUGCCUGAAAUAAUACAUGUAGGAUUAGUAAGUUUGUGAAUACAUUAGUCUUGUAUUCAUUGCAAUAAAUUUCUCUUGUAUCAGUAUUAUUUAAUACAUUAUAUUUUAUUGUAAUAAAUUAAUAGAAAUUCUCAGCUGCUUUAUAUCAUGGUAUAAAAAACAGUGAAAUUGUGUUUUAAACUUUCGUCAUUAUAUGUAAAGAGAAUUCAUAAAAUCCUUGUUAAGUUUGAUGACAGGUAGCAUAUUAAGAGCAGCAUUUUCUAACCCAUGUCUCAAUAUCAUCUCUGGAAGUUAAGAGCCUUCAAUGGUUUUUCUGUACAGUGCACAUGGUAUCACACUCAGGAAGUUCAUGGAGUGUAAGAAAUAUCUUAGUGCUUUGUCAUUUGACAUUUUAACUGAGAAAAAAAAGAGACACUGAUAAGUGUACCUUAUCCUUCCCUUCCUCUUUAGAUAUAUACGAAUCCUUUUUCUUCGAAAUGCAGCUCAUGCUCAACAAUCUUGCUUGAAGACAGCACAACCGGCCGCCCUCAUUUUAAAAUGACACUAAAAUCUGUGGCGUUAGAGAUAUAUUAUCUUAUCAAGAAAAGAGAUGAAAAUAGAACUUUGGAAAUAUUUGACGAACGUAUAUUCCCACUUCAUCGAGGAGAGGUUCCGGAAGAAUACUUUACGUAUGAUCCUACACACAAAAUCAUUUUCAAAUUUAUGCGUACUCUGUGCAAUGCCAAAAAGGUAGAAGCUUACUUAGUAAUCAUAAGUUUGGUAAGAUAUUUUCUAUUUAUAAAGCAUCUUUAGAAAUUGGUCUUGUAAAGUGGCCUGGCCAAUGUGGUUAAACCCUGUCUCUACCAAAAAUACAAAAAUUAGCCAGGUAUGGUGGC